AGGGCUUUCUUCUGAGAGUUUACAUACCUGGAUUCUCUCCGCUCUCCUUGUUGCUCCAACACAUCUUGACUUCGCUCUCUGCUUAGAUAAUGGACUACGAUUUCAGGAACAGAGCCGGACCUCCGUAUGCAGCACAAGUUCCGAUGUACGGCCAGGACACGUCAUCGCCGACGCCGGCGACAAGCCACCCGAUGUACGGAUCGUCUCUAUACCCGAGGAUCGGUCAACCAGGUCACAGCCAUGUUAUGGUCCAGCCCCCAUCGCGGACCUCCUCGUAUCACCAGGCCUCGUCUUCUUCCUCCUCUUCUUCUGCUGGAUUGGGCAUUAAGGUGGUUUUGAAACCAGAGUAUCGGAUCACUCCUCCGCCUCAGUUGUCACCGCUAGUGGGAGAUAUCCCGCGUAGCAGCUUCGAGUUUGAUUUUGACUUUGAAAGAAGAAUCCUGGCUGAGGCAGAGAAAGAAAACCAGAAUUGGAGUAAACUUGGGUUGGAAAAUCUUCCAUCUAAAGCCCCGGAAUCAACAUCUUCAGUGGGUUCAAAUCCUGUUGUGAAAAAGUACAUUGCCUCAGGACUCAAUGCAGAAGCUGUUUCCAUAGCAGUUGGAACCUACGGAGACAAUCCAGCAAAGGUUCAAGAGUUUGUCAAUGCCUAUACUCUUCUACGAGAAAUGGGAUUUUCAUCUAGCAAUGUCUCCGAGGCCUUGUUAAUGUUUGAUAAUGAUACGGACAAGGCGCUGGCGCAUUUCCUCAACAGCCCUUCUUAAGAAAACUGGUAAUUUGUUAGUUAAAAUCGAACAUCAAUCCUUUGGUUUGAUUCUUAUUGUAAAGAGAUAGGCCCCUUUUAGCUUGUUUUUUCGGCCUUUGUAACAAAUUGCACCGUGUUACUACCAUGUACCAGAGUCCAGAAUGAUAUGACAGAUAUAUGUUUCAAUUUAGUUCAAAUGCAGCACUACGUGAUGCCUGCUACUCUUUCAACCUUAAGUAUAAUCGGCCAACAUGGCGUGCCCAAGUCGAUGAAAACAGUCAUGGAUUUGCUGCUGUUUAUAUGGAUUAUGAAUUGUAUAAUCGAAAAUUCAUAUUGACAUUUGCUUUCAACUUUACUUUUUCUGGCAUUUGUAUCUUGGUAUGUUUAUUAUAAGCAGAAAAUGGCUGUUUCGAUUAUAAA